AGUACGUCAGGUAAUGGGGUUAGGUGGUAUGUACGUGUAGCAGUGUGAGCAGUAGAGUCAAGCGUGUACCGUGCAGGGUACAGUCCCACAUCGUCAAGUUCUAGAACUUUUCUAGCCAUCGGUAUAAUCUAGCUAGAACUAGCUGCCUGUGUAUACUAGUUAGGGCUAGCUGGUGGGUAUUCUAGCCAGGAUUAACUGGUUGUUGGUGCUAUACACUUUUGACUGCCCCAACUUUCGACAGGCUCAAGUCGUGCACGAGCUGGGAAACAAACCGACUCAGUUCACCAGUCCUGAUCAUGAAGACCGCGAGAGUCCCAGUCUAAGAGAGGAACAAACCACGUGACCAUGUCUAGCUACUUCAGCUCUAAGCGCCGGUUCAGCAGACCGGAAGAGCCGCAGCCUCGUUUUGAAUGGCGCAUGCGUGUUCACAGUUUAAUGAUGGACGACAAUGACACGGCGCCCUCCGUGGUAGAAAGGCGAGUCCAGCGCUACGACUACAGGCGAGCUUCAGGCGAGUCCCCACCCACGGGCGCCGACCCCCAGGACAGGAAGUCUGGAGCCGACUCGGAGCCGCACAGACCCUGGCGGGAGAGGCUGCAGAGGACGAAAUCUGAGGGCCAUUUGAAGGUUAGGCUGAGACUGUCCAAGUUUUCAGAAACUUCGAAGAGUUUAGACCACGGCGAGGCGGGGGCUGAGGGGACUGACUUGUUGGCAGACGCGAGUCAGGCGACCGGAGCAGACGACCGUGAUGUGGAGAGCAGGGCGGGAAGUUUCCAGUCGUCAGAAGGUCAAGGACAUCCUGUGGACCGAGCUAACGAUCAAUGUCAAGGUGAUACACAUCGCCAUAAUGAUCGCGACAUCAGAUCACAACAUGAUGACGCCUCGGUUGGGUUUGACCGUGACGUCAAACCACAAUUUGAUGACGCGAAAGUUGGGAGGGAUCCUGACGUCAAACCACAACAUGAUGACGCCGCAGUUGGGUUUGACCGUGACGUCAAACCACAAUUUGAUGACGCGAAAAUUGGGAGUGAUCCUGACGUCAACAGUCUGGAUUUUGCUGGCGCUUGUUCGGUAAAAAUAGACAACUCUUCCGAUCAGCGGAAGUCAGGCGACGAAUCUGUCGAUGGCUCACGGGAAAUCUCCGAUCGCCCACUUUAUCCUAACACUACCCCACCGGUCAACGUGGAAGGUGCGUCUGCUGGGGUGGGUGGUCAGGACCUGUCGGCUAACAUCAAUGCUGCCACGGGGGCGAUACCCAAGACACACACCGCCACAGCAAAGUGUGUAGCAGGUCGGCCAAGCUGUGAGAAAGAUUCAGAUUGUGAAGAAACUGAACAAGAAAACAGUUGUAUAAACAUUCCAAACAGACUGAGUCUUGAUGAAGGUACGAGAGAAGCUAAACACAUUUUACAAAAUGAUGCAGAAAACAGUUCUGACGCGCGAGGAUACGGAACGACUGGGACUGUUUACAACGUGUGUGAAGGGCUACCCAAUGGCCGCAGCGAGAAAACAGAAGAACCAUGUGCUGCUGGCUUGAGUAAAGCUUCCAGCGAGAAAACCGAGGAACAAUGUGCAGCUGGCUUGAGUAAAGCUUCCAGCGAGAAAACAGAGGAACCAUGUGCUACUGGCUUGAGCAAAGCUUCCAGCGAGAAAACAGAGGAACCAUGUGCUGCUAGCUUGAGUAAAGCUUCCAGCGAGAAUACAGAGGAACCAUGUGCUACUGCUGGCUGGAGCAAAGCUUCCAGCGAAGACAAGGGGGACAUGGACGACAUCGAGGCCAUCAUAGAACAAAUUAUUGCGGAGGAGGAGGGCAUGGUUGAGGGGAAGGCCGCCAGCGCUAGACUGAUCAGCGCAGCGGUUGAUCACAUGAAUGCGAGAGACAGGGACGCUCUCCACGCGGACAUGCGCGAGCUGCAGCAGAAGGUAGACGACUGCAACCAGGAGGCUGAGCACGGCCUGGACAUCACGCGUGGUGGCCAGCAGCUGACGUCACAGUCCUCAUCCCUGCCGUCGUAUCGUCACAGACACGAGUCAGGGCACAUCCAAACGGUGCUGCCCUUCUCAUCCUCAUGCCCCUCGUCUCAUGGACUCCCCUCAAAUGUUGACAAGACAGAUGACGUAAAGAAAGAGGAGGAAGAGGAAGAAGACUUGGAUUCGUGGGCGUACCUGCCCGUCAUUCUAAUCGAAGACAUCUUCACGCUGCUGACGCCCAAGGAGCGGCACCAAGCCUCCAUGGUCUGCCGGCAGUGGUACGAGCUCUUCUACUCGCCCCGGGUCUGGGAGACCUUCAUCCUGCUCGAGAGGACGCUGACCAAGAAGAGGUUCAACUUGUACAAGGGCUACCAGCGAGAGCUUUGUCCUGGCAAAACUCAGCUGUGCUUCCGACGAGUCGGGUCUUUCUUCAAGAGGAUCGUGGUGACGCCCAUCACCGACUACUUCAACCUGUACGAGUUCCUGAGGAUCCUGGCGGCCUUCCUGCAGUUCCAGGAGGACCACGGCCAGAACGCCAUGCCGCUCCUGCACACCUUCGACUUCACCUUCGCCUGCGCCAGCCGCAGUGAGGGGGUGGAGAUGGUUCAUGGGACGGGCGGACAGAUCCUGGAGAUGAUCAAACAGCUGCUGGUCAGGAUGAGCAACCUGAAACACCUCAAGCUGAACCAGCUGCUGGUUGACGUCAUGGACGUGGCCCCGCUCUUUGACGCCAUCACCAACUGCUUCUGUGAGAGUCUGAGCUCGCUGGAGAUGCUGAACGUCACCAAAGUUCCACUGGCUCUCACAGACCUGGCCCGCUUCCGGAACCUGAUCAAGCUGAGCAUCAGCCCGCAGCACCUCAACGACGAGGUCCUGCUGCUCGUCUCCGGCCUGAACAUCCUGCAGCUGCACCUGCUGCAGGACCCCUACACCUGCGACUGCGAGCCCGUGUCCAGCGAGGCGUGGAAGCUGGCCCGCGAGAUGGCGCCAUGGAUGUGCGUCUAUCUGGAAGUCUCCGGACUGACCAGAGCUCCCGUCUUGAUCCAGCCCCGGGCGCCCGUCCACGGCGUGUUCCUACGGACGCCCUACAGCCGCGUCACCAACGACUUGGUUGUGUCCCUUGUGGAGAACUACAGCAAAACUCUGCGCUACUUUGUCCAGGAGCGGUUACCCCGCUUCCACGGCCCUAGGGGCUUCCGCUACAGGUGCGACUCGUCCCUCUUGUUCCUGCUGCGUCGCUGCCCCGCCCUCCACACGCUGGUCAUUCGCGACCGCAUCAGCACGUCGUCGCUGGUCCUGCUGGCCAGCGAGGGCAGGCGCCUGACCACCUUCCUCGUGCGGAAGAACGGCCUGAUCAAGCGCUGCGACUGGCCGCAGUGCGGCGAGAUGUCCAAGGACUUUUACGCCGGGCUCAGGGAGGCUGCGCUCGACUACGACAAGUGCAAGGACAAAAUCUGCUCGCUGUUACAGCGGCGCUGGAAACCUUUGCCGGACCGGCAGUUUAUGCGAAUCAAAAUCGUUCCCAGAAUGCAAUUGUUUUAAAUAAGUUUGGAGUAAAAUGAACAAUGUGGUUGUUAUUUGCGUGUUCGUGCCGUGUAGUACUCGAUUAGUCUAUAGUUGUUGUGCUCUGUCCUUGUGCUUGUUCGUUGUGUAACCAUGCAAGAAAUAAAAAUAUCACUA